UUUAGAGUCGGAGGCACAGACGUUCCGGGCAUAUUAGGCCUCAUCUAUUACCAGGUGCUUGAUUGGUUGGAGGAUGUGGUUGGUUGUGAUGGGCUGUAAGUAAGUCGUAGAGCUCGCCACCCUGUGAACAGCCUGGCUAUUAAAGAUGCAAAAAGAGCACACUAUAAGACCAGCGUCUCUUCUCCUGAAGGGUUCUCCGCGAUUGUCCCUCCAUGCGUGGCUAUAUCAUUUACGCCACUACGCCAACUCCCACGCACUCACUUUUACACCAUCGCCGCCAUACCUUACCUACCUAGGCACCUACCGGCACCAAAAACAGCAGUCUAGCCCGCUCAUACACCACCACUACCACAAUAACAACAACAACAACAACAACAACAACAACAACAACAACAACACGCCCUCCACGCACCCUCCCCGCCCGCCUAAACCCUAGGUAAGCGACUAGCACCCGCAUCCCUUUCAGCGAAGCACAUCAGAAACACUUCAGCGAAGCACACGUGCAGAGUGUCUUCUACCCAGCCUAGCCUAGCUUAAGCAGGUAUCAAGCACGCGACUCAGAGCUCGCGGGUACGUGGUAUCGCUCUGCGCUGCCUGCUCGCUCGCUCGCCUGGCCGAUGCCGCGUAAGGUGCGCUGCCGCUCGACGCUGGGGCACACGCGGUACCUGCCCUGUCCUGCCCUGUCCCAUCCCCAUCUCAUCUCAUCUCAUCCCACGCAUCGCAUCGCAUCGCAUCGCACUCUCCUGUCUCGAUCGAUACGGUUACGGCAGUGGCGGCGCUGUGUACGGUUUCGUGCGGUUUCUUGUGGUUUCGUGCGCGUGCGUACGCGUUGAUAGGGGC